CCUUGUCGUGAAGCAAUGCACUGCUUGUAUGUGCUGCCCUGGCUCCCCAGCGCCAUCUCGAUGUGGUUGGGAGCUUCAAUUGGGGGCGCCUUCACGCUGGUCGGAUUCUUUGGCGCCGCCGUCCUUGUCCUCUAUUUCGUCAUCAAGCUCGUCUGCUGCUUGCGAUCCUCCCCCCCGUCCCAUGAAACUGAUAGCGAGAACACAUCAGUCAGGACAUUGAAUGGAUUGGAGCCAUGCGUCAUCGCAUCGCUUCCGAUCAUCAUCCAUCAAUCUCUGCAGCAAGCACAGCAAACAGGACCGCCCAAGAAGUGUCCCAUCUGCCUGGAAGAAUUUCAUACAGGCAAUGCGCUGCGAGUUCUUCCCUGGUGCACGCACAGCUUCCACGUCGAGUGUAUCGAUCACUGGCUGCGCCAAAACGCGACGUGCCCGGUGUGCCGGAUGAGCUUGCGAGAAUCUCCCGACGGCACGAACCACGGGGGCGCCACGCUCGAUCCGCUCCAUCCCAGCCCCAUGCUGCGCUUCUCCAGCCCCGAAAUCCAGUCCGCCAGGAGCUCCCUCAGCUCCUUCCACACCGGCGAGGGCGAGGACAUCGUCAUCCCGCGCCAGCCAGUGGCAAAUCCAGCAAAUCGAGCCAUGGACAGAUCGAGCGCGGUCGUGAGAGUCCCUAAUCCGAGGCGCCAACCAGCAUCGAAGGACCGAUGGAACCUGAGGUACUGGAGGAAGAACUCCGGUGCUGGAGAAUCGAGCAAUGCGGCAGAGGUAACGAUCAAUAUCAGCAUUGAUUUGAGGAGCGCUGGGCGCUCGCCGGGAUCGGAGGGGCCAUCCACAAUCUAGCUCUCUCUUAGGUCAUAAGAAAAAUUUCAAGACGUUUUGAAAUUUAUGAGAACGAGGGGAA